CCCAUCUCCUGCCAACGUCUCUCUUCUUCUUCUUCUUUUCUGCUACUUGUUCUUCCUUCGCCAGCCUUUAUUUCUACUCGUCAUUGAGGAAUAGGCUACAACUCACCUCGAUCGGGGUUUGUUUCCAUCUUCAAUUCCCCCUCCUCUUUCUUUCUUUCUACCUUUCUUUUCUCCUUUUCGUCAGCUCCGGCUCUCACUCGCUUCUCCUCCCGCGUCUCUUUGUCCGCCCUCUCUAGCCUUUGACGACACGAUCGGUCUCAUUACGUCUUUUAAUUUCAAGAACUCUUAUCACUUUUGAUUGAGUUCGUUUUCUUCGCGUCAGCAUCCUCUCGAUAUAACAGCCAAGACCAGCCCAGUCCAGACCAUACCUUUUCCUUCCACCAUACAUUCGGCGACACCAUGAGUCGACCAGGCUAUAACGACGGCUAUGGCUACGGCCAAUACGACCCUUACACAGCACGGCAAGAUACAUACAACCAGGGAGGCUAUGAGAGCCAAUCAAACUAUGAGAUGAGCCCUAUGCCAGCAAACCCUGGCUACGGUCAACCCAGUGCUCCCAACCCCAAUGCUAUCUUAGACCAGUGCAGAGACAUCGAUAAUGGUGUCAACACUGUUGAGAGUUAUAUCGGGCAAAUCGAUACAUUACAUAGGCGCCUGCUCAGUGACGUCGACCCCGUACGGGAGAAUGCAAUUCGAGCCGAGGCAGAUGAGCUGGCUACCCAGACAAAGAACCUUUACCGCAAUCUCAUUGAACGUAUGAAGACCAUCAAACGAAUGCCUGAUGCUGGCUCCCCGCGCAAUGCCCCACAAAUCGGAAAAGUGGAACGGAGAUUGAAGGCGGCUGUCGAACAAUACCAGCAAGUUCAACAGUCAUUCAGGAAGGAGUCUGAGACCCAGAUGGCCAGACAGUACAGAAUAGUGAGACCUGAUGCGACGGAAGAAGAGGUCCAGGAGGCCGUUCGGGACACUUCAAACCAGCAAAUUUUCAGUCAAGCUUUGAUCCAAAGCGAUAGACGAGGGGAUGCGCAGAAAGUGUCGCAAAUGGUGCGGGCCAGACACGAGGAGAUUCAAAAGAUUGAAAGAGACUUUGUUGAAUUGGCCCAAAUGUUCCAGGACCUUGAUGCUCUGGUUGUCCAGCAAGAGGCAGCUGUUACUCAGAUCGACGAGGCGGGAGAGGAAGUUUUCGCCAAUGUGACCAAAGCUAACGAGGAAAUUGGUGGAGCUAUCGAGAAGGCUCGCGCCCGCAACCGGAAGAAGUGGUGGUGUCUCCUCAUUUGUCUUCUCAUCAUCAUCAUCAUCGUGGUUGUGGUUGUGGUUGCGGUUGUCGUCACCAAAAAAUAGUAAAAUAUACACGGCCGUCGGUGUCUCCGUCUAUACGCACAUAUUUGGCAUUCUGUGUUCUUUUUAUGAGUUGUUUUGAAAAGGGAUUGGUUUAACGCCAUGGAUAUCUGUAUUUUCUGAAGGCCUCUGCGACACCGGGAAUCCCGACUUUAACCCCCCAACCCACCCCUGGGUAUUCCUCCCCACUUCCCCAUUUAUACCCCCGCACCGUCCUUUGCAAUAGAUUAUAAUGUUACCCGUCAUCAACCACGCUCUUUUGUUCAUGUUUUCCUUAUUGGCCGUCCUCUGAACCGGGAUCGUCGGUUCAGCUCUCGCACUCGUUUCAUUCAUGGUUCCCCCGUUGUCUUUCCAGAUGCAUAGGUACCUUUGGCUUAUGAGCCUUUUGCCUGUUGGGGUUUGCAUUUCCUUUUACUACUUUAUAAUCCUUGCUGCCGCCUGCCUAUUCUGCGCAUUCUCAUGCAUCCUUUUGAUUGUAUUAAAAUUGGUUUUUUUUUUUUUGUUUUUUUCGCUGUUCUGGGACGGGUUAUGGCGC